GAUCUCCUUUGUUCAAAAGAGUUUAAAAGAAGAAAAAAGAUAAAAGAACAAAAUUAUUAAUACUAUUACAUUCCUAUCAAAUCUCUCUCUGUCUCAGACUGUUUGUCUUAAAGACGACAAGUAGAUUCCUUUUCUUUUUUCAUUUGCUCUCCCAGCAUCCAGUAAUUGUCAUAUAAUUUUCUCGAGACAGAAAUAAGAUUCUUUGGUUUUUAUUUCCCGAGAAAAUAUAAUCUUGAUUUCAUCUGUUACCAGAGCUUCUUCUUUUCUGCUUUUGAAGGAACAAGAACAAAUCAAAAGAUCUGAGCUUAAUGGAAUCAAGGAUGGAAGGAGAUGUGUUUUCUGGAUUUGGAGAGAGAUACCAGAUGGAUGGGAAAGUGUUGCAGAGUUUCCAGAAGAGCUUCGUUCAGGUUCAAGACAUUUUGGAUCAAAACCGGCUUCUCAUCAACGAGAUCAAUCAGAACCAUGAGUCCAAACAAGCAGAUCACUUGGGAAGAAACGUUGGUUUGAUAAGAGAGCUCAACAACAAUAUCAGAACUGUGGCUAGUCUUUAUGGUGAUCUCUCUCAUUCUUUUGCCAAAUCCAUCGAUGCUUCAUCGGAAGGAGAAUCCACUGGGACCAACAACCAAAAGAGAUUUAGAUCCGGGUAAAAUAUUAUUUACCAAAAAAGAAGAAGAUCAAUCUCUCUGUGUUCUGUAGAUUCAAAUGCUAAUCUGAAUGUGUAUUGCUUGAGGGUCUUCAAACAAGAUAACGAGGGUCGCUUCUGUUGUAAUGAGUUCAUGUCUUCAAUGCAGAGAAUAAAUAAGGAAGUUCAUGUCCUUCAUUGAUCAGACCUUUGGGACUAUAAUGAUAUGUAGAGCUCUUUGCUUUCUUUGGUUCUA